AUGACUUUCUUCUCACACACCGGCUUCUCGCCCCUCCUCCAACUCCUCGAUGACUAUGAGAGUUGCCGGAAAGCUCAACCACGCACGUUCGCCCCAGCAUUUGACGUGCGAGAAUUAGACGAUAGCUACCACUUGGACGGCGAGCUCCCUGGUGUGGAUCAAAGCAACAUUGAGAUCGAAUUCACCGAUGCACACACGCUUGUUAUCAAAGGCCACACCGAGCGCAACUACCCCAAUGAAGACCUCGCUCCAAGCCGCAGCCCGUCCCCGGGCUGGCACCAGCCUACAGUCGAAGAAGAAGAUGCAGAGUCGAUCGCCACAACCGACACCGCUUCAUCCCAUGGGAUGGCCCAGCCUUCUCCGGCCCAUUUCUGGGCUUCGGAACGUUCUACCGGUGAAUUCCAGCGCACAUUUAGCUUCACUGCUCGUGUUGAUCAGGACUCUGUUCGGGCGAACUUGAAGAAUGGAAUUCUGUCAGUUGUUGUGCCUAAACUGACUCUUCCCAAGAUAAAGAAGAUACAGAUUCUGUGA